AGCAGGUUUUGGGUUUGGGUUAGAUUCCUGGCUCACCGGUGGGCGGGGGACAGCGGGCGGUCGCCGCGUUCCUGCAGCCCUUUCGACAGCUGAGCGGCGGUAGGCCAGCAGCAACUGCCAUCAGCUUCCCUGACUUGUGGGCCAGGCUGCCUGCUGCGCGGCCGGCCGGGCGCCACCGAAGCAACGGCUGUGCCUAAGCGGUGCAGCCAACUCCCUCCCACAAAUGUACCACACGGCCCGUAUUCUGUGUUACUCUUGACGCUCCUGCCUCUCUGAUUGAAUCCCGAGUGAUUUCCCGCCACAGAGCACGUGCAGCGUUCACUGCUAGUUCUCUCUUUUCCUCCCUAACACCCAGGUUUGGUUCCAGGAUUUCACACUCCUCCACGCAGCUAGGAGAUUCAGGGAAAGCUGGAUGAGCGCAGCUUCAGAGGUGACUUGGUGAACCUAAGCCAGUGUUGCUAAGGGUAAUGGACCCAGUCCUAGCCUGCGGGACGGGGGAGAAGUCACUGAAGGACUUCUAGAGAAUAAGCCAUUUGGAUAAAAGAGAGAAAUAUGGGAGGAAAUGGCUUUGUAUUGUUCUACUAGAUGUUGCCCCAAAGUGUUGCUUCCACAAGGCACAUGCUAUGGGAAGAUGGAAGGAAGGACGUUGGCCCUUGAAAGCUCAUUGAGCUGCUCAAGAAACCAAACCUGAAAUAGCCAGCUUAUCCCCAGUUGUCUGGGGCUUUCCCAGGUUCAGCGCUGGAGGUCCCGUGUCCCAAGAAGCCCUUCAGUCCUGAGUAUGCGCCAUGGGGAUCACUCUCCCCCUGCCUCAAGACUUCAAUCAGCCAGGUAAUGCCAAAUCCAACAUCAGGAUCUGUGCAUUAAGGAUUAUCCACUUUUGAAGGAAUCAAAAUAACUGCUCUCUGAGUUAAGAUUGCUACCGGAGAUGCCUGCAUUGGAAAGACAGAGCUCACAUCACCGAAGAACCUUCUGGGGUCCCUUUCUCUUAUUCCUAACAUGGGGUCCAGAACUUUCCAGACUUGUGAGACUAACAGCCCUGAUUGGUUUGAGGGAGUGGUGGUGUGGUUAUGCCUCACAAUUAUCUAUCUGAGACUUCACCCCAUGUCACAUUUUAGUAUCUGUUUGACCAAUAAGACUGCAGCACACACACCGGCCUCAUUCCUUGCUUGGGCCUUACCUUUGAUGUCACAAUCUGACUUAUAGAUAUUAAUCUGGCCACAGCUGCUCACAAACCAGACGGCAAGGUCAAGAGGAGCAGCACAGUAAGAUGUGGAAGAGAAUUGACCAUCAACCCAAAAUCAAAGCAGGGGAUGGACCUCAGGCAGCCCAGCUCAAAGAACUGGGUGCAGCUCAGGAACCUGCCAUGUUACACGCUCUAGAGCUGUCAGAAUUCCAGAGCUUUCCUGUGUUUGAAGACAUUAGCCAUCACAUCAAAGAAGAGGGGGCCCAACUGGUAAAGAAAGUCAAUGCCAUCUUUCAGCUGGACAUCACCAAAGAUGGGAAGACCAUUCUGCAGUGGACCAUCGAUCUGAAGAAUGGUUCUGGGGACAUGUAUCUAGGACCUGCCAGGCUCCCAGCAGACACUAUCUUCACAAUCCCAGAACCCAUCUUUAUGGAGUUGGUUUUGGGCAAAAUGAACCCUCAGAAGGCUUUCCUUGCUGGCAAGUUCAAAGUGAGUGGCAAAGUUCUGCUUGGUCAGAAGCUGGAGAGGGUUUUCAAAGACUGGGCUAAAUUUUAAGCAUGUAAAAUAACAAGGAAAUGAUCAGAACUUCUCUCCGAUUAUGUUGAGCGGAAAUCAUGCUUGAACUGAAGAUUAAAGCAAAAAUAUCCAUUAUUUUUACUCAAAUGCUUCCUAUUCAAGUUUGAUUAAUUUUCAUGCUGAUGUGUUCAUUUUUAGUGAGGGUUCUAGAGCAGUAAAGAGUGUUGGAGUACAUCACCUAAAA